CGGCGCGCCGCCAUGUCGGAGGCGGCAGAGGGGGUAGCGGCGGCGAUGGCGGAGGUGCGGCUGCGGCGGAAGCAGUUGCUGAGCGCGGAGGAGGCGGAGCUGUUCGAGCUGGCGCAGGCGGCGGGCAGCGGGCUGGAUGCGGAGGUGUUCCGGGUGCUGCUGGACCUGCUGCGCAUGAACGUGGCGCCGCUCGCCGUGUUCCAGAUGCUGAAGUCGAUGUGCGCCGGGCAGCGGCUGCCGCCGGGACCCGAGGGCGGGCCGCCCGUCGCGCCAGCGCCGUUCCCCGCGGACACCCGAGGGAGAAAUAAAACCAGUUCUGCUGUCAGUGGGACCCAAGUCCUUUCAGAAAGGAGCAGCCGGGAAGGAUCUGCCCAGAGGAUGCCUCGGCAGCCCAGUGCAAGCCGGCUGCAGAAAGCAGGAGCUUCUGCAAAGAGCAGUGGAGGAGGCAACAGCACCUAAACAAGACCUCUAUGUAUAUAGACAGUGUUUGUUAAAUCUGCUUGUGUUAUGUGUACUAACCUGACAAACAUGAUAUGUGAUACGUGGAA